CUCGAGGCGAUUUCGGUUGGCCGCGCAUGCGCGGAGCGGCCGGCCGAAGAAAGCGGUGAGGGGCGGCCGCGGGUCCGUCAUGUCGGCCGCGGGGGGUCUGCUGGAGAAGCCGCAGAUCAUCGCCCACACACAGCAGGCCCUGAACUAUACCGUCUUCGACUGCAAGUGGGUGCCCUGCAGCGCCCGCCUCCUCUGCCUGGGCAGCUUCCCGCGCGGCACCGGCGUCGUCCAGCUGUACGAGCUGCAGGGCGGCCGCCUCAGCCUCCUCCGCGAAAUUGAAAAGUCAAAGCCUAUUAAAUGUGGAACUUUUGGCGCUUCCUCUCUGCAACAAAGAUAUCUAGCUACAGGAGACUUUGGAGGAAAUUUAAACAUAUGGAAUUUGGAAGCUCCAGAACUCCCAGUGUACUCUGUGAAGGGACAUCAAGAAAUCAUAAAUAGUAUUGACGGUGUUGGUGGCUUAGGAAUUGGGGAGGGAGCACCAGAAAUUGUGACGGGAAGUCGUGAUGGCACUGUGAAGGUGUGGGACCCAAGACAAAAAGACUUUCCAGUUGCCAAUAUGGAGCCAGCUCAAGGGGAGAGCAAGAGAGACUGCUGGACUGUAGCGUUUGGUAAUGCUUAUAAUCAAGAAGAGCGUGUUGUUUGUGCUGGCUAUGACAAUGGGGACAUUAAGUUGUUUGACCUUAAGAACAUGGCUCUGCGAUGGGAGACCAACAUAAAGAAUGGGGUAUGCAGUGUUGAAUUUGAUAGGAAGGAUAUAAAUAUGAACAAAUUGGUAGCUACGUCCCUGGAAGGAAAAUUUCAUGUUUUUGACAUGAGAACUCAGCAUCCAACUAAAGGUUUUGCUUCUCUUUCAGAGAAGGCACACAAAUCCACCAUGUGGCAAGUUCGGCACCUUCCACAGAACAGGGACAUUUUUGUGACGAGCGGAGGAGCCGGAAACCUUCAUCUCUGGAAAUAUGAGUAUCCUGGACAGCGCUCGAAGAAGGAUUCAGAAGGAAGAGAGAUGGGGGUAGCAGGCUCAGUCAGCCUUUUGCAGAACGUGACAUUGUCUACGCAGCCUAUUUCUAGCAUUGAUUGGAGCCCAGACAAGAGGGGGCUCUGCAUUUGCAGUGCUUUUGACCAGACUGUGAGGGUACUCAUCGUCACGAAAUUGAACAAGGUUUGACUGCAGAAGGUUUUCUAGCAAAAGAAAGCUUCCGUGGGCAUCUCUGAGCAAGUUGUUUUUCAAAAAGAUCAAUGCAUUUCUGCUGCCAUAGAAAGGACAUGCGGGAAAAGUUGCCCAGGGUUCAGAUUUUUAAAAAUCUCUUAAAAAUGAACACUUACUUUCUGUCAAACGUGCCUCCAGAUUUAGCAUGUGAAAACCUGCUUACCAGGUUUGAUGCUCUUGAGUUCAGAGCUCGUGAAGUACCUUACAUUCACAGUAUUUUCAUGUUCAUUGUCCCUUGUUAAGUUUUUGUAUGCAUUUUUAAGUUUCUGUUCCACAAGAUUGUCCAGUAAUGUUGUGAGGAAGACAGCCCUCAGGAGUAGCCAGUUUUUGCGCUUCGAUGCAUUGCUUUUGUUAGUACGUUUGUAUAUUUGGCUUGUACUUAUUUCUGUAUUCAAAAUCUGAAUAAUUAUGUUUAACAGAAUAAAAGUUUAAUAUUUGUA